AUGCAGACAUUCGCUACUAUAGGCAAUCGGGUUAUACUCUUGGCAACAGCACAAAUACGCAUCUUAAAUGGCUUUGGCGAUAUCGACUCGUGUCGAGCUCUAUGCGAUCCAGGCUCUCAGGUAAGUCUAAUGAGUACGCGAUAUUUUAAUCAACUGGCUCUGCGGAAGCAGAAAAGUGCAUUGCAAUUACAAGGCGUUGGCAGUGGCAAUCGUUCAUAUACUAAUGGCCGGGCAGUCUUGCGCAUAUUUUCGACUGUCAAUGCUUUAUUUGGCUUGGAUGUUCAAUUCUACAUCAUCAACAAAAUUGCCUCAGCAAUCCCUGUGGCUCCAAUCAUGGAAAACUGUUGGCAGCAUUUACGCAAUUUGCCUUUGGCAGACCCGAAAUUUGGCGAAACUGGUGUUAUAGAUGCAUUGCUUGGCUCAGACGUAUGGGGCCAAUUGUUGGCAGAUGGCAUAGUUCGUGGCGAACUUGAUGAUCCUGUGGCACAAAAUACGCAAUUAGGCUGGGUUGUAUUCGGACCAGCUGAAGCAACCGUGCAUAACUACAAGGCGGAACAAUCUAUGGCAUUGCGUGUGGAGGCGCCUGAUGAGCGAGUUGAUGACCUUCUACACAGGCUAUUUGAAUCCAAAGAAAUUGACAUGGCUAAAGGCGAUAUACUAGCAGCAGUUGAUCUUUGCGAGUGCAUUUUCAUGAGCACACAUAAGCGUUUUGAUGAUGGCAGUUAUUGUGUACAAAUACCAUUUACACCAGAUGCUCCACCACUUGGCAAUUCACAUCAGAUGGCACUCAGGCAAUUUCACCAGUUGGAACGAAAAUUGGCAUCCAACUCAGAGCUGAGGCAAAGAUAUGUGGCUUUUAUGCGCGAAUACGAACAACUUGGUCACAUGCACCCUAUUCAGCAUCAUUCAGGUGACCCAUCUCAGGCAUACUACAUUCCACAUCAUGCAGUCAUGGCAAAAUUCCGAGUCGUAUUCAAUGCUUCCGCAAAAACAUCGAAUGGCAUAUCAUUAAAUGAUACACAACUCGCUGGUCCCCCAAUACAGGAUUUAUUACUUAACCUUUUGCUUCGCUUCAGGCAGCAUCGAAUAGCAUUCACAGCUGAUGUGGAGAAAAUGUUCAGGCAAGUCAAGGUUGACGAGAGGCACAGGCAGUGGCAACAGAUCCUCUGGCGGGAAUCAUUCGAUCAGCCCAUUCGCACAUAUCAAUUGGCUACCGUUACAUAUGGCACAACCAGUGGCACAUAUUCGGCUGUUCGCGCUAUGCAGCAAUGUGGCAGGGACAAUUCUUAUAAACUCUCAGAUUACGAGCUAAAACUGCUUUGCACAGCAUCCUGA